UUAUGGAGGAUAUUAAAAGUACUCUUUACGCCGUUCUAGGCAAAAGGAAGCUUGGACAGCCCAAAUAUACUUUUAGUCAAGGCAGUAAAGGACGUCAACGAUUUUUAUGUCAGGUUAUGGUCGAUGGAAUAAGCUAUGUUGGAUUCGGAAACUCAACCUCAAAGAAAGAUGCACAAUCAAACGCCGCCAGAGAUUUUGGACAAUUCUUAGUUCGUGAAGGGUUAGUAACUGCUCAAGAGCUUCCUCAACUGCAAGUUCAGCCGUCAGAUUUGGAAGCUACUAAUCUGCAAUAUCAAAUGGACGUCAAAGAAGGAACUUCUGCUCCCUUACCUCAUCAUGUUGAUUUUACAAAUGAUGAUAUGCUGACUGGAAAGCCAGAUUUUCAACGACCCAAAACUUUCCAUGAUCAAUACAUCGAGCAAAAAGCCGAAGAAAUUUCUCAGUCUGAGGCUGUUGAUAUGACCUCUGAAAUACACGGAGGAUGGACGAUGGACAAUUGUAAGCAAGCUCUCAAUGAGUUUUGUCAAAAGAACCGUUUUCUUCCACGGGAAUACAAAACGAGUAGAGACGGAACAAAUAAUAGCAGCACAUUCGUCGCAGAAAAUGAGCUUUUUCUACCUCGAUUGAAUCGAACUAUCUAUGGACGUGGUCAAGGAUCUACAAAGAAAAUUGCAGAAGCUACUUGUGCUUUAUCAAUUGUUCGUCAACUAUUUCAUAUUGGUGCCAUACCUUCAUCUUCUGAUAAAUUAUCUCCAACUAAAAACCGCAAAGCUGAUAAUUUGGCAGAAAUCAAAGUUCAUGUUGAUCCAGGAUUGGUUGCUCGUAUCGAAAAAUACUUAGGCGAUGUUGGAGUAGAACCUGUUGUUGAUGGAUUAGAACAAACAACUCCAGAUGCUCCAAAAUCGUUGUUAGUCGAUAAAAAAUUGGAUGAAUUUCCUCCAUCGGAAGAUAACUACUCUAAUGCAAGCAUUAUGUGGGCACCUCCCUGUCAAAAUUGGAAUCCAUGGAAAGCUUCAAACAUUGAUAAUCAACCAAUUGCUUUUUGGUCAAUGGAUCGUAUUAGUGAUGAUUUAAUGAUGAGAGAAAAGGCUAAACAAGUCUCUCAACAAUUGGUUCAAGCGCGGCAGAGGCUUCCGGUUUUUAAUCAUCGUGAACAAAUAAUUCGUGCAGUGAAUGAACAUCCCGUUGUUUUAAUUAAAGGAUCGACUGGUUGUGGAAAGUCAACUCAGAUUUGCCAAUAUCUACUUGAGAGUCAUUUACUCGAUAAAAGAGGGGCUAAUUUCAAUUGUUAUGUAACUCAACCUCGAAGAAUUUCUGCUAUUACAUUGGCUGAACGCGUUGCAAACGAACGAUGUGAACAAUUGGGCGAAUCUAUUGGUUAUUCUGUUCGUUUUGAAGGAAUAACACCAAGACAAUAUGGUGCAAUAAUGUUUGUUACUGUUGGUGUACUUAUGAGAAAAAUGGAAAUGGGUUUAAGAGGAAUUUCUCAUGUUAUAGUUGAUGAAAUUCAUGAACGUGAUAUUAAUACAGAUUUUCUAUUGAUUGUUGUUAGAGACAUGCUUCGUGCAAAUCCAAAGCUUCGUGUUUUGUUAAUGUCAGCAACAAUUGAUACAUCACUUUUUACCAACUAUUUUGGACGUUGCCCAAUUAUUGAAAUUGAACAAAGAGUUCAUCCAGUUCGCGGGUUCUUUCUUGAAGAUGUUAUUUCAAUGUUAAAAUAUAUGCCACAACUUCCUGAACCUGAUAAAAAGAAGAAAAAGAAGAGAUCAGGAAAGCCGGAACCUUCAGCUUCAAAUGCUGAUGUUGAUGAAGAAUGUGAUGAAAUGUCUAUGAGUGUAACAGAUAAUUUACUUGUUUGUAAUGAUGAUUAUCCGCCUGAAACAAAACAAGCGCUUGGUAGAAUUACUGAAAGAGAAAUUCCAAUUGAAUUAAUAGAGCAAUUACUUUCUGAUAUUGAUCAAAAUGGAAAGCCUGGAUCUGUUUUAAUUUUCCUGCCUGGUUUAUUUUUCUAUAUUUUUAAGGAACAAUUAUUUUUUAAAGGUUGGCAAAUGAUUUCUCUUCUUUGGAAUCGUUUAAUGCUUCAUAGAAUUUUUAGCAAUUCACGUCGUUUUGUUAUUCUUCCACUACAUUCACAACUUUCUGCUAGAGAGCAGCAUCGUGUAUUUGAACCAGUUGGUAUAGAACAACGCAAAAUUAUUCUUUCUACAAAUAUUGCGGAAACAUCUGUUACAAUUGAUGAUGUUGUUUAUGUUAUUGAUUCUUGCCGUGUUCGUGAAAAAAUGUAUUCAUCGAGAAACAAUAUGGUCCAUUUUGCAAAUGUUUGGGCUUCUCGAACUAAUUUAAUCCAAAGACGUGGAAGAGCAGGGCGUGUACAAGAAGGUUUUUGCUUCCAUUUGGUUACUCGUGCUCGUUUUGAUGCCUUAGAAGAUCAUAGAACUGCUGAAAUGUUACGAACUCCUCUUCAUGAAAUAACUUUAACAAUUAAACUUUUGCAUCUUGGUUCAGUUGGCGAAUUCUUGGAAAAAGCAGUACAGCCACCUCCGAUUGAUGCUGUUGUAGAAGCUGAGGUUUUACUUCGUGAAAUGAAUGCAUUAGACAAGGAUUUGGAAUUAACUGAUCUUGGACGUAUUCUUGCUCGAUUACCAAUUGAACCAAAGCUUGGAAAAAUGGUUUUGUUGGGUGCUGCUAUGGGUGUUGCUGCUGCCACAAGUUUUAAUACUCCUUUCGUUCCAAAAGAACGAAUGCACACAAAAUUGGCACACAGUCAUCGUUCUUUCUCUGGUAAUCGCCCAUCAGAUCACAUUGGAUUAGUUAAUGUCAAUCAACAAUUUUCUGAACAAUUUGAUAUCGAUGUUUCGUCUGCAGAAGAUUUAUGCCGUCGUUUUUCUUUGAGUUAUCCUUUACUUUGUAUGACUCGUGAAGCAAAACGCCAACUUUAUGAUGUUCUCGUUAAUCAUUCUGGAUUUCCUGAAUCAGUUUUCACUUCUUAUUCAAUCGAUGUACGAGGACCGGAUUCUAAUUUGGAUGUUUUUCUUUCAAUGUUGGUUGCUGCAUAUUAUCCAAAUAGAGAAUUAUUUAAUUUUCGUAGAGAUCGACGCCGUGUUUACACUUUAGAGCAAGCAGUUGCACUUCUCAGCAAUAUGUCCGUUUGUGUGCCAUUCAAUCGUGGUGAACAAGCGAAUUUUGCAUCACCACUUUUUAUGUUUAGCGAAAAGCUAAGAACCAAUUGUAUUUCUUGCAAACAAGUAUCAAUGAUUUCUCCGUUACAAUUAUUGCUUUUUGGCUCUAGAAGAGUAGAAGCGAUUGGCGCUGAUAAAGUUCGAUUGGACAAUAUGAUUCCUCUAAAUUUGUCAGCAAAAAUGGCUGCAAAAAUUGUUGCAUUACGUCCUUGUAUAGAAGCGUUAGUAGUUCGUUCAUGCAUGCAUCCUGAGCAACUUUCUGAUCAACCUAAACAAGACAAAAUUCUUACUGCCUUAAUUCGCGAACUUUCUUCUGAUAGAGCUUGGAUUCCAAGUGGUGAGGAAGGACUUGAACCUGUCGAACAAUCUUCUUCAUCAAAGGCAAAUGCACAUCAAUUUAAUGUGAAUGAACAAAGAUCUUAUGCUACUCCACUAAACCAAACAUUGAAUUUAUCGUCUUCUGCUCCUGUUCCUCUUCGUUCAUUAAAACGCCCUUAUGGAUCUCCGCCAUCUAUUGUUGACGUAUAUGGCAAUCAACCAUCACCUUUAACACAGCCUAAUAGCCUUGGACAAGAGGCGGUUGCGGCUGCUACUGGAUUGGCUUCAUCAGCAGAUUUUGGUGGUCGAAGAACACCAUAUACAGCAAAUGCUCCUUCUGGCGGGGAUUACAGCUCAAUGGCCGGCUACGGGUGCGACUAUGGGCCAAGUCCCUAUUAUGGAAACCCUCAAAAUCAACAAAAUCAGUUGCCACAAGGAUUACAACAAUUCAAUGGUAUGAAUGGGAGAGGAAUGAGAGGAUUUGGUGGUCGAGGAAGAGGACAUGGUGGGGGUGGUGGUGGUGGUCGACGUCAUGGGGGCUUUCGAAGAAGGCAAGGCAAUUGAUAUCAUUUUAUAUUAAAGAAAAGUUGUUUAUUUUUGUUAAAUUAGCGAUUUAUUCGUUAUUUAUUAUGAAAAAAUUUUUCUCAAAAUUAUUAUUU